AUGUCCAAUGCACUAAAGUUAGAACUACCAUGGGUAGAAAAAUAUCGUCCAUCAAAAUUAGAAGAUGUUACAGGUAAUGAAGAAACAAUAUCAAGAUUAAAAUUAAUUUCACAAGAUGGUAAUAUGCCUCAUUUAAUCAUAUCUGGUUUACCAGGGAUAGGUAAAACCACAUCGAUACAUUGUCUUGCACAUGAAUUAUUAGGGGAUGCUUAUUCAAAUGCUGUUUUAGAAUUGAAUGCUUCAGAUGAUCGUGGUAUUGAUGUUGUUAGAAAUAAAAUUAAACAAUUUGCACAGAAAAAAGUUAGUUUACCACAAGGUAGACAUAAAAUUAUUAUUUUGGAUGAAGCUGAUUCAAUGACCCCUGGGGCUCAACAAGCUUUAAGAAGAACUAUGGAAAUUUAUUCAAAUACAACAAGAUUUGCAUUUGCUUGUAAUGUAUCAAAUAAAAUUAUUGAACCUUUACAAUCUCGUUGUGCAAUUUUACGUUAUACAAAAUUAAGUGAUGAAGAAGUAUUGAAAAGAUUAUUAGAUAUUAUAAAAUUUGAAAAAGUUGAAUAUUCAAAUGAUGGAUUAGAAGCUUUAAUUUUCACUGCAGAAGGUGAUAUGAGACAAGCUAUAAAUAAUUUACAAAGUACCGUUGCAGGGUUUGGAUUUGUUAAUGGAGAAAAUGUUUUCAAAAUUGUCGAUUCUCCUCAUCCAUUAAUCAUCAAGAAAAUGAUUUUAGAAGUUGUACAAAAUAAAGAUAUUGAUAAAAGUUUAUUUUAUUUAAAUGGUCUUUGGGAAAAGGGUUAUUCAGCUAUUGAUAUUGCAUCAACUAGUUUUAAAGUUGUUAAGAAUUUGUAUGAAAUUGAUGAAAGUGAUAGAUUAGAAAUAAUGAAGGAAAUUGGUAUUACACAUAUGAGAGUUUUAGAAGGUGUUGGAUCUUAUUUACAAUUGAAUGCUUUAAUUGCAAGAAUUGCAAGUUUGAAAUAUUGA